UCGAAUAGAAUUUGUUCUAAAAUUUUGCGAAUAAAAAUCAAAAUGUUUCAAUGAAAAACAAAUUAAAAAUUAACUGAAAAAUUGUUCAAAAGUUACAACGCUUGCUGCAACAAUUCAAUCUGUUUUAACCUAUCCAUAUCUGUUUGUCUAUUAUGACCGUAGAGGAAUGUUACUGUCAUGUCAAUGUUGUAAGAAAUUUUUAUUGUUCGACGGCAAUAUUUGCAUUUAUUUUUUCAUCAUUAGCAUUAUUUAUAUUGAUUCUGGUUUUAUUUUGUUUCAACGAAACUCAUCGCCAUCAACGUCAUUUACGUCGCCAACAACCACAGCAACGAAGAUGUUUACCGAAGUAGAUGUAUUCAUCGGUAACAAUACAUUAAUUGAUCCUAAAAUCUAUGAUUAUUGGCUUGAUGGUUAUCCUGCCCAACAAGCAGCAAAAGAAGUUCGUGAAAAAGAUUUUUUAAGCCUAAACAAUGUACACGAAGAUCUUAUUAUUAGCUACGUACUUGACCAAUAUCGAACCUUUCAGAUGUUGGAGAAAUUAUUGCACAUUCCCAUUCAAUUGUCCGAACAAUGGACAUUUCAGAUGACACCGGUUACACAGCAAAUGUUAAUUGAAAAGUAUUAUGAUUUUAAAGAUACAGUUGUACGCGAAAUUCUAGGUAAAAAAUUAUCUGCAAGAAAUCGAAAAGAAUUGGACGAAGUAAGCGAACGUACCGAAGUGUCGAUCAAAAGUUGUCGACGACAAUUUGACAACAUAAAACGGGUGUUCAAAAUGGUAGAAGAUAUUCCCGGUAAUCUGUGCCAAAAUAUACAAUCUCAUUUCUUGUUACCACCGGAUUUGGCUAAAAAAUAUGCAGCCAUCGUUUACAUAGCAAAUAAUCGUUUUGAAACAUCCAAACGAAAACUUCAAUAUCUUCAGUUUACCGAUUUUUUACACUGUUCACUUGAAAUCAUGAACAAUUGGUCGUGCAAUAAUCCUGAUUGUAAAUAUGAAGAAACAACCAUGGAUAUUGAUCGAGAAUUUCUACAUGAACUACGUGAUUUACGAACACUGUUGGACAAGGAUAAUUUAGAAGAACAUCGUCUAUUGGUAUUGCGAAUGUUGAAACCAAAUUUGACCGAGAAAAAAUUCAAUGAUAUUGAUAUGGCUUUCAAAAAUAUUUCAAGAAAUAUUAUCAACAUUGCCUAUGGCCUUAAUCACAGCAAAGAGAUCCGUGACCUUUUUCUUGAUAUAGUAGAAAAAAUCAUAGAAUUAUUCAAAGCGAUUAAAUUCAAUCAAACGGAAACAACAUUGUUCCUUCAGCAUUACAAAGAAAGUCCACAGUUUAUUGAAUCAUUCAAAAGCAAUCGGAAUCUGUUUAAAGUUUGGGAUCGUUUUAUUACCACAUUCAAUAGUUGUGUAUUGAAAAUGUAUUACUGAUAAUACUUAUUUGUUAUUCGAAAUCAUCAUCAAAAUCUUUUUGUUCAUAAUCAAUAACCAUCUUAUUAAAAUUAUUAUUUGAAUAAAUUUGAU